AUGGAGCCACCUGAAAUCAUAGACUUACAGGUCAAAUUAGUUGAGAAACAGACAACUCAACCAAAAGUGGACAAUCCACCAGAAAUAGAACAAACAAAGAAACCCCAAUCUCCACCAGUCUUACAUGAUACUCAGAAGGAGUCUAUGGAAAAUGUUUUCACUCAUACUUCUGAAAAGGAAACAAAGAAGAAUCAAGAGAAAGAAAUCAUUAAGGUUGCAUCCUUUGAACCAACAAAGAAACAACAAAUUGAUGAGGAUGAUGAUGAUUCAUUGAGCAUUUCAGGGCCUAUUGAUGAUGAAAACAUGAGUGCAUCUAAAAUGAUGAAUAUUAUAGAUCCGAUAGAAAUUGUAUAUGAUACCACUAAUAGUCAAGUAGUUGGCAACUCUGGUGAAGCUAGGCAGGAUCCUUCGGAGAUAGAAAUCAUUGCUAAGAUGAUGGCUAGAGAGAUAGGUGAUGCAGGAAAGGCUAAAGGUGAUGGUGAGGAAGGAGAAAAAGAUGUAAAUUCAGAAGAAGCUGUGAAGGAGAAGGCUAACCAGAUAGCCCACCUGCAACCUUCUAUUUCAAAGUCUAAGGAGGAUGGGUUGGACUCUGUUUUCUCUUUGGAUGAGGGUUCUGACAGUGAUCCAACGAGUGAGUCUGAGGAGAGUAUGGAUGACUCAGAAGUUGAAAGAAAGGAUGAGAAUGUGAAGGAGUUGGAGGAUCACAAGCAGAAAAAGAGUCCAGAAGCUGACCAGAACUUGGAGGAGGUGAACACUGGAGAAGUUCAAAGGGCUGAUGACAAAGCUACUGUUGGUGACACCCCAAAUAAGGAACAUGACAACUCUGGUAAGAUUGAUCUCUCCUGA